GAAAGGAAAUCAUUAGACCAUAGAGACUGUUGGAAAUGGCUGAUACUCAUACAAUCACUUUUGAUGUGAGAAUCAAAGAAAUCAUCAAACCAUCUUCUCUCCAACUCCUCCUAACCUCAAAGGUCGCCAGCUUUCCCUUUUUGACCAGAAUAAAGGAAAAUGCCUGGGUGGAAUGCAACGAUGAUGGGAACAAUUAUAUUGAAGUUCAAGUUAACUGCUCCUUCUCAAACUUUCUUCAACAACCAAAACUUGAGUUACUCAGGAAAUUCUUCCUAAUGAUUAUACAACGUUUUCUGGAGCCGCUACUAACGAAGGUCUUAGAUGCAGGCUCUUCUGAUGCAUUUGUAAGAAGCUGGGCAACCAUUUAUAAAGGAGAUCCCACUUGCUUGUUCCCUCCAGACUUUACGAGAGCAUUAUCUCUUUUCUCCCUUUUUGAUCAGCUCCCUCUCCAAGUUGUAAAGGUAACGGACCCAAACUGUAAGUGUGCAAUGAGAAGGUUUGUGUUUCAUUCCUCAAAGAUAGCAGAAAUCAAAGCUAAAGCCGCCAGUGAAAGUGUCAAGCACCCAUCUGGCGUUGAAGGUGUGACUGCACUCAUAUGGAAGUAUGCAGUGGCUGCAUCAAGAUCGAAUAGUGGUUCUUCCAAACCAUCCUCAAUCUACCAACCUGUGAACCUACGAAGGAAAAUUGUCUUAGAGAACGCAAUGGGGAACCAUUUAUGGCUGAUGGUUUGCACAUAUUGGAGAUGGAGAGAUUCAAUUAUCCGUCUUGGUCAAUCAACUUAGGACAAAGUUAAAAGAAGCCACUAAAAUGUUUGAAGAGAAACUUCAAGGGAACGAGGCGUCUUCUUUCAUUUUCAACUUCUUUAAAGAGGUAGGAGAGCUUUAUUUCAAAGCGGUGAGAUAGAUGUCUACUCUUUCACUAGCUUGUGCAAAUUCCCAUUAUAUGAAGGUGAUUUUGGGUGGGAAAAGCCAAGUCGGGUAAGUAUUCCUCCUGUAGGAGUGAAUAAUUAUGUCGUAUUGAUGGAUACAAAAGAAGGUGAGGGAAUAGAGGAAUCGGUGAUCCUGAGGGAAGAAGUUAUGGCCUUGUUUGAACAUGACCAGGAACUGCUUGCAUUUGCUUCUCUGAAUUGUAGUCCCCUAGUUUGAUUUCUCUUGUUUUCUUGUAUCUUUGUGUGUAAUUCAUAUUUCUAGUAAUGCUUUGCAUUAAAAUUAUCCGUUUUGC